GAUUCUUGUGUGUGUGUAUAUAUAUAUAUAUAUAUGUGUGUGUGUGUGGGUGUGACUCGUGUGUAUGGCCUUUCUCGUGAUCCGGGCAACAGCGACUACGUGAUUUCCAAGGAGGGUUUUGGUUCAAUGAUCUCGAUCCAUUGCGUAUUUUUAGAAGGAUAAUUGUCAUUGGGCGGAGAGCUAGAAAAGUAGAAAGUAGAAAGUAGAAAGUAGAUAGUAGAAAGCGAGCUUCACCACUCAAAUGCUGUUUUCUGGGGACUUCCUCCCUUCCACUAUCUGAAUCACGAGGCAAUGAAGACUUUGAUGGGUUCUUGCAAGGGCUGGACUGGAUUUAACUUCGUGGAUGGCUUCCUCGGCGCUUUAAAGACAAAGAAAGUUUCAUAGCCGAGGCUUGUUGAGUUGUUCAAGAUAGAAGUGUGACCAAUGGGGGGGGACUUGUGACCCAAAUGGACCCUCAGGCUUUUAUCAGAUUGUCAAUUGGUUCACUGGGAUUGAGAGUUACUGGGACACCAUUGAGUGCUGCGAAAUAUGGAAUCCACACAUUGUCUUCUUCGUGUUCAUGUGAGAUCCGACUUCGAGGUUUUCCUGUUCAAACAACAUCGGUUCCCCUAAUAUCCUCUCCUGACGCCGUACCUGAUGCUCAGAGCAUUUCCUCGAGCUUUUAUCUUGAGGAAUCUGAUUUAAAAGCAUUGUUGACACCCGGAUGUUUCUAUGCUUCUCAUGCUUGCCUGGAGAUCGUUGUUUUUGCUGGGCGGAAGGGGUCCCACUGUGGAGUUGGCAUCAAAAGGCAGCAGAUUGGAACAUUUAAGUUAGAAGUGGGUCCGGAAUGGGGACAAGGGAGGCCGCUAAUUCUUUUCAGUGGGUGGAUAGGCAUUGGGAAGAGCAAGCAGGAGAAUGGAAAGCCUGGAGCAGAGCUUCAUUUGCGGGUUAAACUGGACCCAGAUCCAAGAUAUGUUUUCCAAUUUGAAGAUGAGACUAAAUUGAGUCCUCAGAUAGUGCAGCUCCAAGGCACCACCAAGCAGCCUAUUUUCAGUUGCAAGUUUAGUCGAGACAGGGUGUCCCCAGUAGACCCAAUGAGCGCUUACUGGUCAUUUUCUGCCGAAGGUUCUGUCCAAGAGACAGAGAGAAGGGAAAGGAAAGGAUGGAAGGUGAAAAUACAUGACCUCUCUGGCUCAGCUGUUGCUGCAGCCUUCAUAACAACUCCCUUUGUGCCAUCGACAGGCUGUGAUUGGGUUGCCAGGUCCAACCCAGGAGCGUGGUUAAUUGUUCGCCCCGAUUCUUGCAGGCCCAAUAGCUGGCAGCCAUGGGGAAAGCUCGAGGUGUGGCGUGAGCGUGGCAUCAGAGACUUGAUUUGCUGCCGUUUCCGUCUUAUCUCUGAAGUCCAAGAGGGAGGAGAGCUUCUCAUGUCUGAGGUUUUCCUCAAUGCUGAAAAGGGUGGUGAGUUUUUCAUAGACACCGAUAGACAGGUUCGAGCACCUGCAACUCCAGUACCAAGCCCUCAAAGCAGCGGAGACUUUGCAGCGCUAAGUCCAGUUGUCGGGGGGUUCGUCAUGAGCUGCAGAGUGCAAGGGGAGGGGAAGAGCAGCAAGCCGCUGGUACAACUGGCCAUGCGACACGUAACGUGUGUGGAGGAUGCCGCCAUCUUUAUGGCUCUUGCCGCUGCUGUCGAUCUCAGCAUUGAGGCAUGCCGGCCUUUCCGCAGGAAGGUCAGGAGGGAAACCAACAAUUCUUGGUAAAGAUCAUCUUCUAUUAUAUGCCCAUAGGAUGCAUAUAGUAGAAUUUAAACCUCGGAAACAGCCACUUUCCAUGCUCUGCUUGAAUGUGAGCUUUCCUCACAGACCACCCAUAAUUGUGGUAAGGCUUGUGCAAUGGAUUAUUAGCCUUGUAUAUGUGUAUCUGUUGUUGAUUAACUUUCAUGAAGUGAGAAAACCUGACCUGGUCUGAUUGUUGUAAAAUAUAAAUGUAUUUUUGUUCUUGCCAAGGAAAAUGCAGAAUUUGACAUUUGAUUCUCCAUGA